ACACCCAGACCUGCUUCACAGCCGAUACCACAGACUGCACAGUAACGCACAUCGAGUCAGCCAUGGAGUACAAGGAUCAGAUUGAUGAACUUGUUGCCACUGCCAAAUUUGGAGACCUGAUAGAGUUUUGCUACCCCAUCGGAUAUUCACACUGGGGAGUGUAUGAUGAAGAUGGAUACGUCAUCCAUUUUGCUGUUGCAGAGGAGGGACAGCUCAUGAACAAAGUACGGACCUACCUACAAGCAUUGAUCCCGGUAUGUGGGGACCUUCUUCUGGGCGUCACCAAGAUCCGCAGAAUGCCAAUCAGUGAGGUGACUGUUCCAGUAGGAGCCCACGUCUCCAUCGCCAACAACCGCCACGCCUUCAGAGCAACAGAGCAGAAGGACAUGAGGCGACGGCGAGAUGCCCUUCUUGAUCAGGAACUCACAUACAAACUCCUCACUCGCAACUGCGAGCACUUUGCCACCUUUGUACGCUACGGGAAAGCUGUGUGCAACCAGAUUCCUGCAAAAUCAAAGAACGUGGAGUGUCAGGAGGCAACCACAGCCUUCAACGAAAUUGUCAGCUCAAACGAUACAACUAAAGAUCUUUUUGGAUGAACUCUAACUUUUUUAAAUCUUCAAAUUUUUUACAUUAACAUUUCUGCAGCUCUUUUUGUGGAUGUGGCUCAGGUUUCUUUGUAAAGCUGGAAGGGACUGGAAGUUUUUCUGCCAAUAAUUAAGCUGAAAAUAUGCAUGUUUGGGCUGCAAGGGAUGUUUGUCAUGAUCAAUUAAUCAGCCAAAUCUUUUCUUAAUAAAGUGAACAAUUGUUUCGA